AUGAGCGACCUGAAGACGCCCUCGAGGCGAGACACUCUCCCCAGGACAGCCACGAGUCGCACCAGCAAGUCUGAUGUGUCCCGAGUCUUCCCGCCGCCGCCGCGAGUGCCCUCGAUUCGUGUCGUGAAGUCCCACAAUGCCAUCAAGAGGCGCCCCGACAGUCCGCUGGAGUCCUCCUCGGAGGACGACGGCGAGGAGGAGAGCGCCACCACUGGUGUGAGCAUCAGACGGAAGAAGGAAGCGUCCGCGGUGGCUCUCUUCUGCACAGGCUUCACCGACACGGCGUGCCAGUGCAACAAUCUCGAGACUCUGCCCGUUCGCACGCGUCAGUCCGGCGAGUCGCGACGCUGCAUCUCCACUGAGCGACUCAAUGAGCUCCGGAAGCGCGCCCAGGAGGCCCAGAAGAAUCACCGCGUCUUCACAAUCCGCGGAUGCUUCUACACCGUGAGGAAGGCUUUGCUGCAGCGAGGCUGGGUGGAGAAACUGGACGUCCACCGCAGAGCCUCGAUGCCCUGCAAUCUCACCAUCGAGGAGAUGAUCCACCAGCUGCCAGUGCGUCGCGCCGGAGAGUCCCGGAAGCAGUACCUUAUCAAGUGCGAGAGGAACAUCCUGUCGCGCUUCCUCGAGUACACGCCCGUGGAUUUCCUCUGGACGGCGCGCAAGGAGAAGGCGGACUGGAUAGACAUGGCGCGCAAUCCCGCGCUGCUCAUCAACAAAUUCCACAAGGUGCCCUUCACCACCAAGGAAGGCCUCUGCUCCAGCCUCCGGGACUUCCACUGGUUCUACGAGGACGGCAUCGCCGAGACCUACUAUCCGCGGUGCUUCAAUGUGUGGAGUCCGGACGAGCUCAAUGACUUCAUCGACGACUUCCGCCUCACCGGAUGCAUGGGGCUGCUCAAGUGGCUGGCCCAGACCUACAGGAGUCACGGCUUGGCGGCCGUCGGCUCGCCCACAGGAACCGUGCCCAUUACCAGUGUCCACUUUGCCGUGAAGCGCUGUCGCGAGUUUGUCGACUUCUGCCAACAUCGCGACAUCGACUGUCCGGACGAGAAUCUCAAGAUCUGGGAGCACGAUUGGGACGUCUUUCUCACCCAUCACUACCUCGUGACACACGAGAAUGCCAGACUCCUCGACACCGAAGACGAUCCCGUGGAAUCAUACAUUUCCCUGGUGGAAAAACUCCUGCGCGACGUGGAGAUCUUCUGGCCUCAAUAUCACGCUGACGGAUUCCUCAACAUAUGGAUCGUGAAGCCAGGCAAUCGGUGUCGCGGCCGAGGCAUUCUCCUCAUGAACAACAUCAAGAAAAUCAUCUCGCUGGUGAAUCCGCCGACAAUCACCAAGACCCGAUAUGUCGUGCAGAAGUACAUGGAACGACCCCUAACCAUCCACAACACGAAAUUCGACAUCAGACAGUGGUUCCUCAUCACCAGCGUGCAGCCGCUCGUCAUUUGGAUGUACAAGGAGAGCUAUCUGCGCUUCAGCUCGCAGGAGUACAAUCUCCUCAACUACCACGAGUCCGUCCACUUGACCAAUCACGCCAUCCAGAAGAAGUACGUCAACGGGCAGCGCGACGAGCGACUGCCGCAGGAGAACAUGUGGGAUUGUCACACAUUCCAGGCCUAUCUCCGCAUGAUUGGCAAGCUGGAGCUCUGGUCAGAGAGGAUCUAUCCUGGAAUGCAGCGCGCCAUCAUUGGCUCAAUGCUGGCAUCGCAAGACAACAUGGACAGACGCCCCAACACUUUUGAACUCUUCGGCGCGGACUUUAUGGUCUCUGAGGACUUCUAUCCAUGGCUCAUCGAGAUCAAUUCCUCUCCUGACCUGGGAUCCACCACGAGUGUCACUGCCCGCUUGUGCCCACAAUGCCUGGAAGACACAGUCAAAGUGAUUAUCGAUCGGAGGAAUGAUCCCAAGGCUGACACCGGAGGAUUUGAACUCAUCUACAGACAGAGCAUCCCUCCAGCGCCCGCUUACAUGGGCCUCAAUCUCUUCCUCAAGGGCCAGCAGCUCCUCACCAAGACUUCCUCCACUCGUCGCAACCAGGAAUCCAAGCUGCGCGAAGAUCUCCGCAUCAUUCCUCGUCCAGUGCCGCGUCUCACCCAUCCUCAUCCCAAUCACACUGCCAAUGCAGGACUCGUGACGACUCAGGGCCCGUACAUCAUGGAUCUCAUGGACUGUCUCAACCUGAAACCCAAUCAGGUGUCGCCCAAGACCAGAAAAACCUCUCCGCUCACCGCCGUGAAGAAAGCCAACAAAACGAGUCGCGGCACUCAAUCUUCCAGCACGCGCGUAGCCAACAGCAAUCGCAAGGCGCCAGUAGAGCAGAAAAUCCCCAAGGUGGACUCCCAGCGGCGUCACGCCAGCUGUGGCCCUCGCAUAGUUGUGGUGCAGGAGGAACAGCCGCCGCCCGAGACCACCAAAGGCUCGCGCAAGGAGAUAACUUGCAUAGGAAAUCGCUACUGCCCGGAAAAACUCGAGUCCACUUCCACCCCUGCGUCAUCGCGCCACAAUCAACCCAUCCAGGAGAGCAGCAUCUUCAAGUCCAAGAGCGCCAGCAACAUCUUCAGCAAGCUCCGCAGCACAGCAUCGGUCAAUCAGAAGAUGAAUCUGUCACCCUAUCGCAGCCUCACAAAGUCCUCAACAAUCGGAGCGGCCGGAAGGCGAGAUGACGAUCAUCACUAUUGCUCACACUUCUUCGCCGUCGGCCUGAGCUUGAGAGCCUGGCGCGCCAAGUACAACAAGAUCCUCAACUCGCAGAAGGAGAAUCUGCCAACGCCGCUGAUAAAGAGCUGCAGCCCGAAGCCUCACACCACGAAAAACCCUUCCGCAGUUGUUGAUCUGAAAGUGCAAGAGCAGAAAUCGUGAUAAAUGUCUUCAAUAUGUGGCUAUAUCCUUAUCCGACAUACCUUAACUUCAGCGGCAGGCAAUUCCGUGAC